GGUUCUCUGGUCAGCAAGUUCUGGCAAUGAAGCCACUGCGGCUGGUGCAAAGAAUUCUGGGAUGUCUGACAGUGAAAUGGAUGGAAAGACACCUAUUCCAUCUCUACUUAAUAUCCUUUUGUCCAGAAAUCGGGUCAUGCAAAUAAGCUACUUGAAAAGUAAAGAAAAAGGAUAUGGAAAAUUAAGCAGUGACGAAGACCUGGAAAUAAUUGUCGAUCAAAAGCAGGUAGUAGGUGUAACCUUGAAGAAAAAGUGGCACUGUCUUCAAAAAAGUGACCUGACCCUGGCUUUGGGAAAAGGCUCUAGGGCGGCAGAUAAGGCUGUUGCCAUGGUGAUGAAGGAGAUACCGAGGGAGGAGUCUGCUGAAGAAAAGCCCCUCCUUACUAUGACAUCACAGCUGGUGAAUGAACAGCAAGAAAGCAGACCCCUCCUGAGUCCCUCCAUCGAUGACUUUCUCUGUGAAACCAAAUCGGAGGCAAUAGCAAGGCCAGUAACGUCCAACACAGCCGUAUUGACUACAGGCUUAGAUCUCCUUGACUUGAGUGAACCCGUCUCUCAAACCCAAACCAAAGCCAAGAAGUUGGAGGCCUCAUCAAAAACCUCAUCCCUCAAGAAAAAGGCUGAUGGGUCUGACCUCAUCAGUGCAGAUGCUGAGCAGAGAGGCCAGGCUCUCCGAGGCUCGGAGACAGCAUCCUUAGACUUAAACAUUCAAACACAACUGGAAAAAUGGGAUGACGUUAAGUUUCAUGGAGAUCGAAAUAGCAAGGGGCAUCCCAUGGCAGAGAGAAAAUCAAGCUCAUCUAGAACUGGAUCAAAAGAACUUUUAUGGUCUUCAGAGCACAGAUCUCAGCCAGAACUGAGUGGUGGGAAAAGCGCCUUGAACUCUGAGUCAGCUUCGGAGCUGGAAUUAGUGCCUCCAACACAGGCUCGACUGACCAAAGAGCAGCGCUGGGGGAGCGCCUUGCUUUCCAGAAACCAUUCCUUAGAAGAAGAAUUUGAAAGAGCGAAAGCAGCUGUGGAGUCAGAUACAGAGUUUUGGGAUAAGAUGCAAGCAGAAUGGGAAGAAAUGGCCCGGAGGAACUGGAUAUCGGAGAACCAGGAAGCCCAGAACCAGGUUACAAUCUCAGCCAGUGAGAAGGGUUAUUACUUUCAUACUGAAAACCCCUUCAAAGACUGGCCUGGAGCAUUUGAAGAAGGCUUAAAAAGGCUGAAGGAAGGGGACCUGCCAGUCACCAUCCUGUUCAUGGAGGCAGCAAUUCUUCAGGACCCUGGAGAUGCAGAGGCAUGGCAGUUCCUCGGGAUAACCCAGGCAGAGAAUGAAAAUGAACAAGCAGCUAUUGUUGCCCUCCAGAGGUGCUUAGAACUGCAGCCCAACAACUUGAAAGCUCUGAUGGCUUUGGCUGUGAGUUACACUAACACCGGCCAUCAGCAAGAUGCUUGCGAAGCUUUAAAGAACUGGAUUAAGCAGAAUCCAAAGUACAAAUACCUUGUGAAGAGCAAGAAGGGAUCUCCAGGCCUCACCCGGCGGAUGUCUAAGUCUCCAGUUGAUAGCUCUGUUCUGGAAGGAGUAAAGGAAUUAUACCUGGAAGCUGCCCACCAAAAUGGAGAUGUGAUCGACCCAGAUCUGCAGACAGGCUUGGGGGUGCUGUUCCACCUGAGUGGAGAAUUUAAUAGAGCAAUAGACGCGUUUAAUGCUGCUUUAACUGUUCGACCAGAGGACUAUUCAUUAUGGAACCGUCUUGGGGCAACCUUGGCAAAUGGAGACCGCAGUGAGGAGGCUGUGGAGGCCUACACACGAGCACUGGAGAUUCAGCCAGGCUUCAUCCGGUCCAGAUACAACCUGGGGAUAAGCUGCAUCAACCUGGGCGCCUACAGAGAAGCGGUCAGCAAUUUUCUCACUGCCCUCAGUUUGCAAAGAAAGAGCAGGAAUCAGCAGCAAGUCCCUCAUCCUGCCAUCUCUGGGAAUAUCUGGGCUGCCCUUAGAAUUGCCCUUUCUCUGAUGGACCAGCCGGAACUCUUCCAGGCGGCUAAUCUCGGUGAUCUGGAUGUCCUCCUAAGAGCUUUCAACUUGGAUCCUUGAAGGAAAAGGGGAAAAAAAUCCUUCAUCUAUGUAAUUGUACUGAGAAAUGCAAAACUAUUUUAAUAUGAAUUCCAAAAAAAGGAUAAAAACGGAUGUUCAAAAGGCCAUGGUGAUAUAACCCAAGGGAAUUCCCACAGACAAUGCCCAGUCUCUGUUCAAAUACAAAAAGCACAAAACAUUGCAUAGAGUCAAGUUUGGGCUCGAAAGAACAGAGAGACACAAGACAAAACCAAGAUAAAGUGACCAUGUUUGAAUACGCUUCAUAAGCCGUGAGCACACUGCAAGUAUGUUCCUGGGGUUUUUCCAAGUGUCCACUUGCAGCUGAUGGACAUCAGCUUGCACAUCUAAGGAACUUGCUCAUGGGGCACCUGGAGAAAGCAGUGCCUUGGAUCAGGAAAUUCUGUUUCUGAACUGUCCUCUGAAAUUCCCCCCUUUUACCAGGUUGAAUAUAGUUUGGGCCAAGGUGCAUGCACAUAUAUUAACUCUUGACUGAAAAGAGGCAUUGCUUAAACACGUUCCAAUUUUAACUUUUAUUGUAGCCCUUUGAUUUCAGAGAGGGAGCUUUGCUGGCAAAAGCAGUUUUUGCACUAGAAAUUUUUGCUCUUCCCAAUCAAAACUUUUCUGGGAUUGUAUAUAUGCACUUUACUAUCUUAUUUAUGCCUUGCUGGAGUUUUGUUUUGUUGCUCCAAUUUUUAACUUGGGGGUGAAAGAUUUGCGAACUCAGCCUUGUUAGAUCAACGGACCAAAUAAAAAUUCCUGAAAAUAGUUUUUCAUAGUGUAGGGUUUUGAAGGCGUGUAUUUUCUUAAAGAAGAUAAGACAUAGGUGUAAAUAUGUCAAACACAGAUCUUAUUCACAUGCUUUUCUGGGACUCUGUAUGAACUUAAGCAAAAGAUAAGAUAGCAUUCACAAAUUCUCUACAGAAAGGUUGAUGAUGAUGUGAUUUCUAUUGAGUUAACAUUAACUUGCUUAAAUGUCAUAUUUUCCUUGCGUUCUAACUGCCAUUCACAGUUAAUGUUCCUUUUAAACUGUUAAUAUUUUAAAUAGUAUUUCUUGAGUGAUAAAUACAUCUUUCCCUUAAAAUUAUGCGUAUUCUUAGUUCCAUAAUA